GCCAAACCUAGUACACAGGUAAGGACAGGCCACUCUCUCACUUAUUGAUCUUCCGCUACUUCUAUUGUUUUUUGGUCUAUUUAGUCUGAAGAUUCCUGUUAGAAAAUUCAUUUUUCAAUUUCUCCUCAGUGAAAAAAAAACAUGCAUCUCAAAGUAGUGAUCUUCGCCUUGUCAUUUUUGACAACCACAGCCCACCCACUCCACCGUACCAGCAGAGAAACAUCACAGGCCCUACAGGACAUAAUGACCAAUCAGGCUAAUGAGAAGACAGACCUCAACAAGGAUGUCAAUGGGAUGUGGAAGAGCCAUGUGGAGAACAGCAACCUGUACACCCAGGACAGCCCCAACCCCAUGGUGAUUGAGAUCAGGCACAAGCUUACCCUGGAGUCCGAGAGGCUGCGCUCCCGCCUUCACCAGGAGCUCACUAAGCUGAGGGAGAGGCUCGCCCCGUACCCUGCCCACCCCCAGUCCAGCAAGUCCACCCUGGCCAGCAUGAGAGAUCGCCUGGCCCCCCUGACCAAGCAGCUCCAGAGCGCCGUGAACGACAACAGCCAGGAGCUGUGUAGCCACCUCAGGCUCUACUUUCAGGGAUUGGAGGCCGCGGAAAGCCAGGCGGCGGCCGGACCCACCCUAUACCUGGAGGCCGUGCAUUGGAUCAGCCAGACCUUAGACGACAGCAGUGCCAAAAUGACCUCUGUCAUCCAGGACUUCAAAACCAAGACAUCCAGCAUGAUCAGGGAGCUCAAUGGUACCAUCCAGGGGGACUUCUGGCAGGAGGUGAACGUCCGGCUGGGACAGGAGGUGCAGGCGUUGAGUCUGGAGGUCCAGGGCAGGGUGGGGGUGCUGAAAGCAAAGCUGGCCCGUCUCCUGCUGGCUCCACACCCCCUCAGGGCUGAGGUGUCCACCAGCAUGGAGCAGUUCUGCCAGAGCGCCGCCUUACAGGACCAGUUGUUCAAUGCCCGAAUAGAGAAGCACCUUCUGGGGCAGGAGUCACAGGCUCAGAGCCCCAGCGAGCCGCUUUCUCUGCAACCUCUGGGCUUAUUGGAGGAGGACUUCUCUGCGAAACUAAGCGCUCUCCUCCAGGACAUUCUGCACACUGUCCAGUAAAAGCAGAACAAAACUCUCCUCAUAGCAAAAUGAGAGAGAGAAAGAACAUGGUGUCCCAUUAUAGGGUACAUUUAAGAUAUAUCAUUGUAUCUGCUCCUCAUGCUUAUAUAUAUAUAUAUAUCAACUCCUCUACCAUUGUAUAUACAGUACAGUAAGUAAUCCAUGUAUAUUUAUGAUGUUUUCGUUGUUGUGUUUAUUUCAUGUGGAUGAUUGUUGUAAGGCAUUAUAUGUCAACUGUAAAUAAAGCUUGUGUGAAGUUUA